GAACCUGGUAGGUUGGAAGGCCGUGGCCAUAUCAUCGAUGGGACUUCUGGUGGCAGCAAGCAGGGACAGUAUGGAGGAAAAGUACCGCCUGGCUGUCUCGUUUGGCUGGUUGGCUCCACUCUUGGUUAGCCUCUUUCAGUAUCGAUGCACAGCUUUGGGCGUUCCUUUUUUCCUUGCCUGCCUCCACGCGAUCUGUGCACGUGAGGAAGGUACAUACGAAGCAGUUCGGACUCGGUUCGUGAACUUCCUGAACCUUGUGGACAGCUUCCGGAGCGUUGAUGGCCUGGUCCGUAUCACCAUUGGUGCCACCCUCAACACCAUGAUGACCGGCUUGGUGCACUGGCAUGUGGCCAGCGAGGCCGGUUUCCAUGCUCUGGAGCCCGUGGCAAACAGGAACACGCAGGGCCGCAUUGUCUUGCUGGUUCACUUCACGGCCAAGCUGUGCGUAUUCACCCUUGCCUACGACAAGGAAAACUUGCACUUUCUGGUGCCCGUCUCCUGCGUGUGGUUCUACGUUCUACUG